AUGAAUACUCCUACCACCUCUUUGAUGAAAGAGAUCUUUGUCGAUCCUUGGAGACGUCUCAAGUUUGGGAUCAUCCCAGUGAAAAGAGUUCUCGAAGAAGAUAAUCUAGUAAAAACUGGAAGCACUGAACCAGAAUCAUUAUCAGAUGAAUGGGAUGAUAAAAAGAGAAGUUUACGAGAGGUAUUAGAAGAAACACCUGAUUCUGAAGUGGAUGAAGAAGAGGAAUUAAAUGAGUACGAAUACAGGGACCAGGCCAAUAGACCAUGGUGGAAAUUUUUUGAUGAGCAAGAGUACAGAAUCACCAAGAAGAAAGGUAAGAGCAACCAUUGGUAUUCCUGGUUUAAUGGUAGUCCAUCUACUCAGGAGAAAAAAUUGAUUUUGAAGUUAGACAUUCUGUUAGCUCUUUAUGCGUGUAUGUCCUAUUGGGUAAAAUAUCUCGACAGUGUCAAUUUAAAUAAUGCAUACGUUUCUGGUAUGAAAGAAUCGCUAGGUAUGCAUGGUAACGAUUUAGUUCAUGUGCAAAACAUGUUCUCCAUUGGUAACAUCGUUUCACAGGUACCAUUUUUAUUCGUUUUGAACAAAGUACCAUUGAACUAUUUAUUACCAACAUUAGAUUUGUGCUGGUCGUUAAUGACUUUAGGUCAAGGUUUUGCACAUACUACAGAUAGUAUUAAGGCUUUAAGAUUUUUCGUUGGAUUUUUCGAAGGACCAUCUUAUUUGGCAUUCCAAUAUUUGUUUGGAUGUUUUUACAAACAUGAUGAAGUGGUUAGGAGAUCUGCAUUUUUCUAUUUUGGUCAAUAUAUUGGUAUCCUUUCAUCUGGUGGUAUUCAAUCUGCAGUUUACAAAAGUCUUAACGGUAGAAAUGGAUUAGCUGGAUGGAGAUGGAAUUUUAUAUUUGAUUUCAUUAUUUCAAUUAUUGUAGCACUAAUUGGGUUUUAUUCCUUGCCAGGUGAUCCACAGAACUGUUAUUCCAUCUUUUUAACAGAUGAUGAGAUUAGAUUGGCUCGUACAAGGCUGAAGGAAAAUAAGACGGAAGGUAAUGAUUUCCAUAAGAAAGUAUUCGAUAUUGGUGUUUGGAAAAAAAUUAUCUUUGAUUGGAAAAUUUGGAUCGUUUCGAUUUGGGCUAUCUUCUGUUGGGAUAACAGUAAUGUAGGUUCUGGUUGUUACAUCCUUUGGUUGAAAUCAUUGACUAAUUCAAAUGGGGAGCAAAGAUAUUCCAUUCCUAAAGUUAACACAUUGAGUAUGAUUACACCGGCUUUAGGUCUUGUAUAUUUGACCGUAACAGCCUUAAUUGCAGAUAAAUUACAUUCUCGAUGGUCGGCUAUUCUUUUCACCCAGAUUUUUAAUAUCAUAGGUAACGUUAUCUUGGCGGUUUGGAAUGUGCAAGAAGGUGCUAAAUGGUUUGCAUUCAUGCUUCAAUGUAUGGGGUGGGCAAUGGCUCCUGUACUUUAUGGUUGGGUCAAUGACAUUUGUCGUAGAGAUUCAGAGUCAAGAGGUAUUAUCAUGACUGCUAUGAAUAUUGCUGCUUCUGUUUUUAGCGUCUGGACAAGUGUUGUGUUUUUCCCUACUACUGAAGCACCUCGUUAUCUAAAGGGUUACAGUUUUGCAGCUGCCAAUGCUUUGGCAUUGAUCUUAUGGACAUUCUUAGUACUUUGGUUUUACAAGAAUGAAGAGCGUAAAUACGCGAAAGAAAAUGGCAUCAUCCUCUACAAUUCUAAUGUAGGUGUACCGCCAAAAGAAGAACGGCAACAGCUGGGAAAUAUUUAUCAUGAUGAUCAAGAGCGAAGUUCUUCACCUGCGGAAGCGGAGGGAGAACACGUUCAUAUUGUCGGUGAUAAGGGUGACAAGAUUAUAAACAUAUAA